GUUUUAUUAGGUGUCUUCUUAUAAAGAUAUUUGACGUCUUGUGAAUAAUUACUCGUCGUCUUGUUCGCUAAUAAAAAAGAAAAUGUUGCGUGUCGCUUCUGGACAAGUUGCUAACGUGCUGCGUGGAGCAAUGGGCCUAUCUGGUCGCGUUGCCACAGUCGGCUCAGUACGUGCCUCUCACGGCGAAGAAAAUGAAGAAGUCUUCAACAAACGUUUCCAAGAUUUCUUCAAUCGCAAGGAUAUUGACGGUUGGGAAAUUCGUAAAGGCAUGAAUGAUUUGUUGGGCAUGGAUUUAGUACCAGAACCCGCAAUAAUUGAUGCUGGUCUGCGUGCCUGCCGUCGUGUUAACGACAUUGCUCUGGCUAUUAGGUGGUUGGAAGGCUGCAAAGACAAGUGCGGUGACCAGAAGAGCACCAUCUACCCAUACCUCAUCCAAAACAUUCGCCCCACCUUAGAUGAAUUGGGCAUUCCAACCCCAGAAGAAUUAAAUUAUGAUAAACCUGAGUUGGCAUUGAAAUCAGUUUACGAUAUGUAAAUUGCCUCCCAUUCAUUUAGUUAGAAUCAUGCUUAAGCGAAAUAAAAAAGUGUUUAAGGUAAAAAGUGCUGCAAUUAUUUACAUUAAUGAGUAACAUAUUCAUCCGAUCAAUAAAAUGUGCUGGAUCAAAAACUAGCCAACAGUGCGAAAAACUGAAAA